UGGCAGUGUUGUACAGUAGGUGGCGGUAUGAAGCUUGAAGUUGUUUACGAUGCAGCAUAAUAGAGGAGAAGAAGAAGAAGAAGAAGGAAAAAGAAGGCACAAACAAGAAGGUCCGGUAGCGGCAAUAAUUCCAAUACAUUAUAGAAAAGAAGAAUAUUUGCAACCGGAGAGAAUAUCCGGUUGCAAAUCUAUGACGGACUAACUUUUUGCUCGUUAAUAUCGGCUCUUGCUGCUCCUGGUUGUUGAAUCCAGUGUGAGAUGGAGUCCUACCGGAAGCCUGUGAAAUCAGACUGUGAGGCGUUGCUCAGCCGCUUCCAACAAACACAGUCGGUCAGAUUUGAGGUUUUCUCCAACAUUUGGAAGGAGAUGAAGUUCGUUCAGAUCUUCAGACAGAGCCACAACAAGCGAGCCUUCUGCCGUCUGGUCCUGGACGUAGCUUACUGCUACUUCCUGCCCCCGUUCAGCUUCCAGAUCCGUGUGGGUGGUCUCUACCUGCUGUACAGCUUCUACCACUGCCAGACCACCUCACAUCCAGAACAGAUCCGUGUGGCCCUGAAGGACUGGGAGGAUGUGAGAAACUUUGAGAAGGAAUCAUUGGAGGCUCAACAUCUCGAUGCUGCCUACAUCUUACAACAGCUUAUGACUUGCAAAGCUUUCCUCUUCACUGCAAUGCCCACUCUGCUUCAUUACAGCAGAAAGAGGACUGAGGAGAAGCCAGAGCUGUGUGAUGAGUUCAUGGAACGACCAUGUCGCCCUCAGGAACUGAUAAAUAAUCAGCUGACUGAGGAAAUGUCAAAUAUCCAUGAGCUGUACAAAAAUACGAAGGCGUCCAUCAGCUCCCAGAUGUCCACAGCAGCUGCUGCUUCUGUCAACCUGGUCCGUGAUGGAAUCGUGUCGGAGCUCUGCAGCGCUGUGAUGGAAUUCUACAACUGGAAGCAGAACAGGGACACAGUCAAUGAAGACCAGCCCAGCCAGGAGAGAAUUUCACCUCAGCAGGAGUGUUCCAACAGAGCCUCGCUACUGGCAGCCAUCAAAUCUAAGGCUUAUGAAGAAGCAUCAGAGGCUGUAAAGUCACGGCGCCAUCGUCAGGUGGAGAUCGAUUUACCUGCAGAGGAAGACAAAUCCUUCCUGAAGCUACGCCAUUCCAGAGUGAAAAAGCCAUCUCUCAAAAACAGAACUAAAGAGCAGAUCCACAUGUCAGGCGACCUGGGGAGAGAAGCUGCAAGGACCACCCUGAUAAACCAUCUGGUUACCCUGGAACCCGCUUUACAAGAAAAAAUUAAGAAUGAAAGAAGAUUCAAGUCUUUGAAUGAACAUCUGGAGUCACAAACAAUCUCAACAUCUCACUGAUGUUUUGAUCUGGUUUUAAAAGUUUGACUGUUCAAAAGGAGAACAUUUCUUCCAUGUUAACUGGCUGGAGGCUUGCAGCAGUGGUUCAGAGUUGGGCCUAAGGCACCAUGUUGUAGAUGUGGCCCCUGUUCAAGGCUGAACUCGGAUGACCCAACAGAACUGCUCUGCUGAGUUGGAACAGGAACAAUCACAUAAGGACCAGGGUACCAGACACACAUCGGGUCCAGAAUACAGGAUUGGCUGUUUGGAAUAUAUGAGCUUUGAUUGGAUGGAGAAUUUGAAAGAACCAAUCAAAAUUGUUCGAUACAGGAAGUUUCCCUAUGGGGAUGGAGUCUCUCCUUUUCCUCAUGCCUGACCGUUGGACACACCUCUGCUGCUGCUCUGAAAAAACAAGCUUUUUAACUUUUGUAAGGUCUGUCAGCUUAAUACAUUUGUAUUAUUAGUGUUUCUGUGUGUGGACUGUAAUGAAGAGAUAAAGAGAACCAGAAAGCACGGGUUCAAUGAAUUCAUAAUGGAAAUCUGUGUAUCAUCUCCGCAGUUAUUCUUAUUUCCUGUUAAAACCUAAACUGGGUUUUAACAGUUUAACAGUUUAAACAGUUUAACAGUUUUAACAGUAAGCAUAGAUAUUGAACAAGAAAGUUUCUAGGACUGAACCUUGGGGUGCCCCAUAUGUGAUAUCUGUCGGCUUUGAUGAGACGUUACCUUUUCUUUAUGUCAGACUAGAACCAGUUCAGUACUGGAUCAGAGUUAAUGUCAAAUGCUGCGCUGUGGUUCUUCCACAGUUCAUAUUAGUGAACUCUUUGACUAGACCAGUCUAGGUACUGUGGUGAGCAUGGAAACCAGACUGAAACACGGUUGUUUAUUGUUAGGAAGCUGUUUAAUUGUUGAAACAGCUUUUUCAAUCAUUUUGUUGAUGGAUGGGAGGUUGGAGAGUGGCCUGUAAUUCUGCAUAUAGUGAUUUAUUUAUUUUUUUAAGUCAGUGGUUUUAGAACUGUGUUUGUAAAGCCUGGGGGAAAGCAUGAUUAAAUUGUGCGUACCCACAAAAUAUAUGUGGCACCAUAUUUUAUGCACUAGUCCAUCCAUCCAUUUUUUAUACACCCUUGUCCCUAAUGAGGUCGGGAGGGGUGCUGGUGCCUAUCUCCAGGCUAACGUUUCGGGCUAGAGGUGUGAUCACCCUGGACGGCAACACAGAGAGAGACAGGACAAACAACCAUCCACACACACACUCACACACAGGGAGAAUUUAGAGAGGCCAAUUAACCUGACAGUCAUGUUUUUGGACUGUGGGAGGAAGCCGGAGAACCCGGAGAGAACAUGAAAACUCCAUAAAUCAAACCCAGGACCCAAGGCAACAGAGCUACUAACUGCUCCACUGUGUAACCUACGCACAAGUCUGUAUGUAUAAAAAUUCACGUGGCGUGAAAAUGUAUGUAAAUAUGCAAACUUUUGACCUUAAGUAAACUUUUUCUGUGGACAAUAACAAUCUACAAAGUGUCAAAACUCGCCUAAAUACACUGGAAUUUGACUCCAAUCAGUGUAUUUUAGACCAAGAAGCAUCAAACCCAGUGGUUUUUCAUAAUGUUAAUAUUUUAUUGUUUAAAAGCAAACGAUGAAAUUAAACAUUUAUCCCCAGACAAUAACCUAACACGCUCACAAAAUGAAGAAAAUAAAAAUUACAUGAUGCGUGUGUCAAUAGUAGACGAGCGACUACAUAUGGACAGAAAUUGCGCACCUGGGGCCUCAUGUAUAAAAGAGUGCGCAGUUUGCACACCAAAACGUGGCAUACGGAUAAAUUUAGAAAAGUGAGGCCCACAAAAAAAAAAAUUCCGAUGUUUGCCGUGCGCACUUUUCCGUUAUACCUCCCAAUUUGCGGGAAAUGGAGCGCAUCUGCUGGGCUGCCCUGUCGCCAUCCAUAAAUACAAAUGUAUAAUACAUUGUAUAUGUAAAUGUAUAUAAAAUAAACAAAAAAUAAAUAAUUUUAAAGAAAACAUUACAAAUUAAAAAAGAGAGAGAAAGCAAAGAGAUCCAAGUGCAAAUCCCUGUUUGAACAGUAGCGCAUUCAGCCGGGAUUUAAAGAGCGUGUCAGUCAUUUGAGUGAGGAAUGUGGACGUUUAUUCUACAUAGAGAAAUUAUGUGCAUAAGUUGUACAUUUACAGAAUAGAGAUACUUUCUGUUAAUAAAGGCGCAUUCACAAAGUGGGCACGGCUCCACUGAAGGAUGACUGCCGUUGCACCGGUACCGGUACCGCACGGCUCCUUCUUUAAGUUUUGCUCAGAGCUCCAGGAUGAUCAGUCUGGAUUAAUCUAAACAAUAAUAAACCAUCAUCAACAUUUCCCAGCAGAUCAAUAUGAUCUCUGAACAAUCGCUCCCUCUGAAUCCUUCCAUUGACGAUGUUCUCCAUCAGAGCUAAAGCGCUCCUCAAUUACACAGCUUUGCGCAGCUACUUAUAGACGUCUGAUUGCAUACACACCUUGAUCAUCUUAAAAAUAAUCAAGCCUGAACUGUUUGGAGUUAAUCUGCUGAUCCAACCCCGCUUUUUCCUUUUUAGUCGGAAUGAAAUGAGAAAAAACAGAUUUAUUUUUUAUUUUUUUUACAUUCGAGUGAGGUUUUCACAUCCUUUUAUUUUGGCUUUCUUUAUUUUGUGUGCGUGUUAGGUUAUUGUAUGAAGACAAAUGCGUUUCAGUUUUGUCGUUUAAACAAUAAAAUAUUAAAAUCAUUAAAAAAAACCAUCGGGUUUGAUGCUUCUUGGUCUAAAAAACACUGUGCGUUUAGGCGAGUUUUGACGCUUUGCAGUUUGACAUUGUCCAUAGAAAAGGUUUGGGUGGCUGCCGCACAUUUUCACGGCAGGUCAAAAGUUUGCGUAUAUUUACGCAAACUUUAACACCACGUUCAUUUUUAUACAUGCCGACUUGUGCGUAAAAUAUGGCGUAUGCAUUUUUCGGCGUAGGUUCCACCUACGCAGAACCACAGGCUGAUCACCUCCAUGCUACGGUGUAUUGGAGCAUUAGGCCCAAACAAGAACUGAGUAAAUAGAGGUGAACAGAUUUUCCUGCCUGACAUUUCUGCUUAAACUCCAAUUUUGAUUGCAGAAUUCAGCGUAACAGAAAAUUAGAAUAUCAUAUUAGACCAGCGUGUUCAACCCUGGACAGGAAACAGAGGUAUGGCGUUGUAAACAGAGGUUUCUAUGCAAAACAUUAAUUUCUAUUUUUCUAUUAUAUCAAAUAGUUUAUUAUAUAGAGCAAAAUAAUUUUUUAGAUGUCAGUUUUUAGGUGUUUAAUACAGUUUUUAGACAGAAUAAUUUAAAAAACAGUAGUAUAUCAAAUACCUGUUUUUCUAAAGUAUCUUAGCAGUAAACCAUAAUCAAAGUCAGAAAUAAAUUUCAAAUAUAUUGCACUGUGAGGAGUCAACAGGGUUUCCCUUUAUGAACUGAAUGUAUGGCAUUAAUUGAAAUUACAGUGACAGAUGAAGAUGUUUCCUUAGUAUAAGAACAUUACAACAAAAAACCUGCCAUCUUGCUAAAUUUUUGCCUGGGAAAUUUCCAGCUCUUUAAAUAAACUCUUCCCAAAUUUAACAUGAAUUAUUUUCUCAAUUUUUCUAAGUAUGUGAAGAACAUCAAUAAUAGAUUUAUUUCUAAGGAAAAAAAUAAUCAAAUGAACACCAUUCCCCCUUUUUCUUUUAAUUUAUGUUGUCAGUGUUUUCUUUAUGGGCUUUCCCCAUACAAAACCAUGGACAAAGAAAUCUGCUGUACAAUGGCAAAUGAUCUGGAACCACAUCAUAACUCAGGAAAAUCAAACUCUUUAAAACUGGAGAAAAGAAAAAACUACAGAACAGCAUUCCAGUCUGUAUCACAAAACAGAUUUAAUUUAAUAUCUCUUUAUUUUUUUUAAAAUAAUUAAACAUUUGUAUUCUUCCAACCCUUUUGAUCUUUUUUUUUCAGAUUUUAAAUCAUAUUACAUCUGGGCCAUUCUACACCACACAUCAAUUCUGUAAGAGAGGAAGGGGUCGUGUUGGGGCGGAUCACUCUCAGGUCCCAACAGUUAAACACAAUCUCCUCCAAGCUUCCUCACCACAUUUAACCCCAUCCCAGCCCACCCCGAGCUCUGAGCUCAUGUCUAGCUGCCCCACUCAAACUCUCGCCCCUUCCCCCUAAAAAAAAAAAAAAGAUAUACAUAUACAUAUAUCUCUAAUGAACAAAAAAUAUUGAAAAGAUAAAAACCAAGAGCAGAGGGAGAAAGUGAGACAAAAAAUGAACAUACCAAAAGGGGAAACACUAACAUGUAUAGUAGGAAGUCUUGUUCCAUAAUACCUCUUUAUAUACUGGAUAAUCCUCUCCACAAUUCCUAAGCAAAAAAAAAAAAAAAGAAAAGAAAAAAAAAAAAAAAAAAGCUAAAUUACUACAAGAUACAGGAAUAUCAGGGUACUGCAUUAAAUAAUGUACAGGGUUGUCUUUAAUCUGCAGUAAUACUGUGAAGUCAACGCAGCGCCCCCAGUGGCAAAAGGAGGAAGAGGAGUUUGGUGCACUUUACAAUUCCUU